UAUAAGCCAUGCAUCUGCUGCUAGCUUGUCAAUGGACAUUGAUUUGAUCUGUAAGCAGCCAGCAGCUUGUUGGUACUGACCUGCUGUAGCUGACUUGUGCUCCCUUUUGAGGCUUAAUCAUGUUGCUUGAUGUUAUUCUGAGGGUUUCCUGGAUUUGCUUCCUCUUUUUUGGCCGAGGUGCUUGUUUGCCUGUUUUCGUUAAAGGUCAGUCUGGUAGCACCGGAAGGUUAGGCCACCUUGGCUGGGUCCCAGGUACUGGAGGGGUUGGUGCUGUCAGAUGGGUCCCUGGAACUGGAUUGCUUGGGGGUGGUAGCUCUGGAUCUCUAAGAGUUGGUACUGGUGACUGGACCUUUGGUGCUGGCAGAUCUGCUGCUUUAAAUGUUGGCACAACUGGGGUUGGUCGUGAUAGCUCUGUUACUGCAGGGCUUGGUGCUGGCAGCUCUGGUAUUAAAAGGGUUGGUGCUGGUAGCUUUAGUACUAGUGGGGUUGACGUUGGCAGUUCUGUUACUGCAGGCGUCGGUGCUGGCACCUCUGGAGGGGCUGGAACCGUUAGCGUCAGUGCUGGCAGCUCUGGAAGGGUUGGGUCUGUUGGGGCUGGCAGCUCUAGCUCUGGAAGGGUUGGGUCCGUUGGGGCUGGCAGCUCUAGCUCUGGAAGGGUUGGGUCCGUUGGAGCUGGCAGCUCUGGCUCUGGAGGGGUUGGUAUUGGUGGCUUUACUGGAUCCUCAUAUUUUGCUGAAUUUCCAUUGGUAAAUGAUCCUGCAGGGGGAGCUCCUUCCUCCUUUGACCAACGGAACUGGAUGUCACCUCAGACCUCCCCUGACUUUAAUGCCUGGUAUGCCUAUCACAUGCCACUUGGCAUGUUUAUGGCUCCUCCUGCAUUGCCUUCAUCCUACAUCAUCCAGAACGGCAAUGGCUACCAGCGAGGAAGAGAAGCCUUUUCUUACUCAAAAUACACUGAUGAUGUCUACAGCCCCUUUCCUCUGAGCCCUGUGCUGCCACGCAAUCCAGAAAGUGUCCCAGUGGCUGAUUCUCAAAGGGUAAAGGUUUGAGGUCAACUUGAUCAGCUGAGCCCGGGCCCUCCAUGCAUCAUGUGAUCAUUAAAAGAACUAUAACAACAAAA